UCGGCAUCGUCAGACUCUAUCGUUGAGACAUGGACCAGCCGCGUACGGGACACACUUCAUUGUCAUUUAUUAAUGUUAAUGCUGAUGCUCUGAAUGCGAAUACUUUCCCCGUCGUCAUUAUUAAAGAUGUCAGACAAAACAUAUGGCUGAAUCAAACUGCUGCUCUAUUGGACUUCAAGUGAUAGAUAGGGAUGUGGGCUAGGCUAUGCGGAAUUUUGCCGUUCUCAUUGAAAUGCGCUCAUCUUUGGAAUAAACAAACGCAUGUGCUGCUGAGGCGUAUCUGCACUGCUGCCAAGAAUAAGAAGACUAUUUGACUGUGGGGAGUUUUCUUGUAAUUCGGAUUGCUAAUAAUCCAUCCAGUGGGAGAUUCUCAAAGCCUAUGAAACGACUUGAAGGUCGCCUUCGAUUUGAGAUGCUGGCGAUUAACUGCGCUUUAAUUGUAGCGCUCAUGCACAGCGGGACAGCCUCCAGGUGUGUAGACCUUGCAUGCAGUCCUCCCAUGGGCAACCUGGCCAGUGGUAGGACCCUCACAACCCUCUCAGGCUGCUGUGGGAAUGGGUCCCACCACUCCCCAUGCCCCACUCCCCUCCACACCUGUCCAGAUCAUCUCCACCCGCCUGUCCACAUGGUGGAUGAUCCCUUCCUGCACCCAGACACCUGGUGGGCCUCGGGCAUGGGCACUGACCAAGAGGAGGAGGUCCGUCUGGACCUGGAGACCCGUUUCUGUCUGACCCACGUGGUGCUGCUGUUCCACUCACCCAGGCCCGCUGCCAUGGCCAUGGAGCGCUCGCAGGACUUCGGCCGGACGUGGGAGACACUCAAGCUGUUUGCACAGAACUGCAGUCUGGCAUUUGGUCUUCCUGAUGACACCAGUCAGCCUGGCUCGCUGUGCACGUCCCGGUACUCCAGUGCCAAGCCGUGCAGCAGGGGAGAGGUGAUAUUUCGGACUCUGGGUCCUGGUGGAUUAGUUGACCCCUACAGUCCAGAGGGCCUUUCCCAGCUGACCCUCACCAACCUCCGCCUCAGACUUCUCAAGGCUCAGACCUGCCCAUUAUCUGUGGCACCUUCCACCACUUCUUCCUCUAUGGGACUCUCCAAACCUCCUGCGGACCUGAAUCUCCCCCUUCUCCCUUCCACUUCCCCCCAGCCCAGCUCAGAGGCCCCUGCCUCAGCUCCGUUUUCCAUUUACACUCUCCUGGCUAGAGGGACCUGUCUCUGUCAUGGCCAUGCAGAACACUGCUUAACCCACAGAGGCGGACAGGACACACUGAAGGACAUGGUGCCUGGCAGGUGUGUGUGCACUCACCACACAGUAGGAGAACACUGUGAGAGGUGUGGCCCACUCUACAAUGACCGGUCCUGGAAGCCAGCCAACGGCAGCAGUGGGGAGCCACACCCGUGCCAUAAGUGUGAGUGUCACGGCCAUGCAGAGAGCUGUCAUUUCUCCCAGAGGGCGUGGCUGUCCUCGGGGGGCACCAGUGGGGGCGUCUGUGACGACUGUCAACACAAUACAGCUGGGCGCAGGUGCCAGCGCUGUCGCCACGGUUACCACCGCCAACCAGCCAUACCCCUCAACUCCCCCCAUGUCUGCACACGUUGUUGGUGUGACCCACUGGGUUCAUUACCAGCCAGCUCUGGGGAGGAGGGCCCAUGGUGCCACCCCAGGAGUGGACAGUGCCACUGCAGACCUGGUGUGGGGGGAACAGGCUGCAGCCACUGCCUCCCAGGGUACUGGGGCUUUGGGGGACAGGGGUGCAAACCCUGUGCUUGUCCCCAAAACUGUGACCCCCACACUGGGCUCUGCCUGGACAGCUAUGCAAAUAACCAGGUUUUAAAUGUCCCUAUGGGGGGCAAGAUUCCUGACAUGGACCAUGCCUUGACCAAUGAGGGCGAGACAGUGUGGUCAAAGCAACUGGCAGUCUCUGCCAUGCACUACACAGGGAAAUGCAGCUGUAAGGAGAGAAAGUUGAGGAGUGUCUCAGAUCUCUGCAAGACCAAAUAUGCCUAUGUGAUCAAAGCCAGUGUGUUGUCGGCUUAUGACAAGGGGAGCUACGCAGAGGUACAAGUCAAAGUUCGCAAGGUCCUGCGGUCAGGACAGGUGCCCCUCUCCCAGGGCACCCACAGUCUCUACCCCCUAUCCUGGACUAGCCGGGGGUGCACCUGCCCCAUCCUUAAUCCAGGUGUGGAGUACCUGCUGGCGGGUCAAGAGGAGGCAGGGACGGAGCGGCUGCUGGUCACCAUGCAGAGUGUGGUGGUUCCCUGGACCCCCCAACUGGGAGCCCACAUAUCAGAGGGCCUAAGACAGGGCUGCCCCGAACACCCUCUCCAAACCCAUAACAGAGCAAUUUGAAUGGAAAUGGACCAAGGGAAUCACUGGUUCAAUAGAUCAUUCAGGAAAGGGACUUAAACUCAAUGGACAAGUCUUUGCCAAGUGUCUUGACCAAGGACUUCUAUGGAAGAUCUUGCCCAUAUAAGACUACAACCCUGCCAUACGAUACAAAGAGGAUGGACUGGAAUCUUCUGAGCCAAUCUUAUUAAGAUGAUUUAACUAGACAGAAAAAAGCAUCCUUCUGGAAUCCAAUGAAUGUUUGGGUGGUUAUGGGUGGUCGUAUUUGAGACCUUUUCUGCAAGCCAGUGUGAACUAUUGGACACAACAAACCCUGGUAUACAAGCUUUACAGACUUUGUAUGUCAAAAGCCAUGCC